AUGCAAUUGAAUUAAUAGCUUUAGUAUCUAUAACAGUAGCAUCAUUAGUAAUAGCUUUAAACAGCAGUUGCUCAAUCAUCUCAUCUGUUACCGCAGCAAGCAAAACCAUAGUCAUCUUGCAUAUUUAUUGGAAAUAUACCUUAUGACUCAACAGAUCGAGAUCUAUGUGACACUUUGAGGAUGGUCGGGCCAUUUAACCUAUUUCGUUUAAAAUUAGAAAAAGCAACUCAUCAACCUAAAGGAUUCGGUUUCUGUGAGUAUAAGGACUAAGAUGUUGCUUCAAGCGCUUUAAGAAACCUUAACAAAUUUGAUUUGAAUCGACGUGAACUCAAGGUAGACUUUGCUAAUGACAUCCUGAGAAGUCUAAGUCCUAAGCAAGAGUAGAUGCUUUUGCUAUCAAUAAAAGAGGUAUACGAAAGAUAUGAAAAGGAAAAUAACAUUGAAAUGAUUAACCGACUGAUAAAUGCACUGGCUGAAAAUGAAAAUUUGAUGGAAAAAUUGAGUGCAAUGCUCGACAGACAGUUGAGUAAUACUAACUGA